UUUGCUUCAGGGGCUACCGCAUAGCUCUAACAGGCUCUAGGGCUGUGGUUAUUGUUUUUCUUGUCCAGCAAAGAAUCUUUUCUGCCUUCAUUCCAUUUUGAUUGACAGUUCUUGUUGAUGCUUCAUAAAAUGUUCUCAGAGGUUCCUUCAUUUCUUUCCCAGAAUGUCAGUAUAAGUGAGAUUAUUUGAAAUUCACCUUAUUCUUCUGGGGAGGCUGAAUGGUGGCUCAAGAUGAGAAGUGUAUUGAGACAAAGACUUCUGAAGCCAAAAGAUGUGGCCGUUUUUUCUGGAGAAGUCAGCCAGGUUAUUGCUGAUUUAAUUACGAGAAUCUAUAUCCUCAGGAGCCAGGCAGGAGAUGAGAAACCGUGACCUUUCUUCAUAUAUUCAGUGGGAGGAGUGGCCACUAUCCUUUGUGAGAGUCAUUUGGGCUGUCUGGAAAAUGUCCCCUCACCCACUGUGGAGAACAUUAAGGCCCUAGAGCUCAUGUUCAGCAUGUUCAAGUCCGUGAAUGCAGGAACCAUCCCAAGAUGAGUUUGUCCCUUCAUCCCAAAACCCUGGCAAGAGGUCUCCAGAUCCUGGAAUGGACUCUUCAAAUUCAACAUCGUUCAUGUUAUCCUGGGCAGCGUAAGUCCUGGCAAGGCACCCGGAAGUGCAGCUGACGUGUACCAAGAGAUUGUCAAGCACUGGGGGAAAGGCAUAUUCCAACAGCACCAGAUGUCCCCAAGACCCACUAGUCAGAGCUCUCUUUAA